CUGCCUUCAGGUCAAACAACAGCGUGUUCAGUUCUUCUAGCUUGCUGUGGUUUACAUAUCAGAACAUGUGGAACUCUGUGAGUUGCAUCAUUGUGCUUGCUGUUUUUGUGGCAGCCCGUAAAGUGCAAGGAAAAGUAGCAGCAGCAGACGGUGAAAAUAUUGCUACACCCAUACUCAUUGAUGACUUAUGCCUUGGAGUUCGAUGUGCAUCACCACCAGAUUUCUGCAAAAUUGUCUAUCCGAGUGAUCCUAAGAAUGGAAUCUGCUGUCCUCUCUAUGACUGCAGACAUCCUCCAAAUCCCUGUGAUGGUCAUGAGUGUCCUUAUGGAAAAUGUGUAGUGAAGUAUGGCCAGCCAACAUGUCCGUGUCCCCUCUGCACUUUCAAAUGUCAACCAGUCUGUGGCAAAACCAGUUCAGAACAAUACCGAACAUUCAGGAAUAUGUGUGAGCUCAAGAGAGCAGCGUGUGUCCAAAAUAAACAUGUACAAUUUGUCUCUUAUGGACCAUGCCCUAACCACUUUUCACCAUGUUUUAUGAAAGAUCCAUGCUGGAACAUUGCAUGUCCUGAUAUUGCAUGUCCACAUCCCAUACUUAGCAAAAGAAGUGUGGCAAAUGCCAAGAGAACUAGAGCAGAUUGUUGUCCAUCAUGUGAUUAUCACAUUCUCACAUAACUGGCAAAGUACAACAUGACUGCAUCAUUCAAGUCAUCAACAGUCUACUGACAUUUCAGCAUGCAUUACUGAUUAGCAGUUCUUUAAUUACCACAUGAUAAUUAUAGUUUCAUAAUACUGUCUGGAAUUAUUAAGUGGUUUGUGUGUAUAAUAGAAAAUCAGAACUUGAAA